AGUCUCUCGGUAGUGCGUCCGAUGACGACGCCAGCGUGAACAACCUGCUCCGGGAUGGCGCCGAUUCUAAGGGAGAUCUUGACGAAGAGGAAGACCGAGCAAGCAAAAAGCAAAAGGCAACAUCAGCGAGAGGAGCGUCCUCCAAGCAGGCAAGAGACAACAACCUGAUUUCCGGCGACAUUAGCGACGAUGGAGGAGAUUUGGUUCCAGCUGCUGGAGCGACCGAACGAGCCCGAAGCAAGAACAGUGCGGCCACCGAGGCAACGGGUAAAACGCGUGCUGCUGGCAAGCUAAAACACGAGGACGAAGACAGGGUCAGGGAUGGCGACUUGAACGACGUCUCUGCCACAGAGGAUGCGACCGCGGGGGUUUCGAACGACAAGAAAGCUAGCAAGAGGAGCAGCGACGCAGCACCGCCUGCUUCCUCCUCACAGAAAGCUACAUCCUCUACAAGCGGAAGCAAGGAGGCCGCGGGCCGUAAAAACUACGACGACGAAAUCGCGAGACAGUCCGUUUCGUUCGCCUGGGUUCAGUCCGAACGUGAGCGCACCCCACCGGCUGUUGAGGUCGAUCAAAAGAUGUCCAAUGAGUGGGCAGCGAAGCACCAAGUGGAGGAUCCUCGCACGGGGCGUCUCUUCACCGGGCUUGGUGGUAACAAGAAGGUCGCUGCUCCGUCCGCUGUUGCAGCUCCUGCGCCUGUCACGACCAGUAGUACCGUGGUCGCCGUUGCGGGCCCCGCCAGCGUGAUCCGUCCUGCGCCCGCAACACUGCCUCCUGCAUCAAGUGCUACUUUGACUCCCAGAGAUGGUAUGAUGGCCGGAGCGAGCAGCACCGUGGUGCCUGUUCCACUGUUAUUGUCGUCCCCCGCCCGUGCGACAAACGGCGACUCCGACGCUGGCGCGACCCCGAGGCAGCAACAGCACAUCAUCGGUUACGAGGAGGACGAUCCGGUGAACAACAGUCGGCGACAGGUCCUCUACCGCAAUGAGGGAGGGAACGUCACGGUCCACAUGAAGGCAACGCAGUACUCGCCCACGGGUGCCGUGCAGCAAAGUACGGAAUCUAUCACGCAAAUGAAGUUUGUCGACGAGGACGUUAUCCAGCACGACGUGUGCGAGAUCGUGAGCGGGUCCGUGAACGGCAAUUCGACGAUGACGCGCGAAACGUUCACGACCUCUGCUGCGGGUGAACUUCUUUCGCCGAACAACGCUUCAGAAGAAAUUGUUCAGGGAGCGACGAUCGAGGAGAUCCUGGACAACGAAGUAAAAAGCGCGAACAUCAAAGAUCAUGUGGAACAACUACAAAUUCCCAGGUCCACCAGGAGUUCGGACUUGGUGCACCAGUCCAGUGCGACUUCUCUUGCGGCAGAUCGACGACCACAGACCAGUGCUUCUAGUUCUUCGUGGCUUCCCUCUGAUCAGAAGACGCUCAGCAUCCCAGAGGACCGACCGCUGUGGUACGGUCCGGUCCUGCCGGCGCGUGCGCGAAAGGAGAAUUGUGGCGACACUUCGCGCGGGAAGCACCCGAACGUGCUGGCUGUAUUCGGUGAUGCUUGGGCCAAGAUGUGCGGCAUCGACCGGCCCGAAGACGUGCCCGACUGCGUGGCGAAUCGCGGAAGCAGGCGCGCGGAAGACUUGCAGGCAGACAGUAGCAGCGCUGGCGCAGGCGACGGCAAAGACAGCGCCAGGUGCCGUGCAAAGUGGGGAGGCAAUGACGACACUGACGCCGCUUCGGCCGCAGCCGACGGAAUCCAAGUCAAUAACGAAAGCUCUUCCCACAAGUUCGAUAUCGCGCGAGUGCUCAACCAAGUGCCAGGCUCUUUUUUGACGUUCCAUAAGGACCCUCCACGUGCCGAGGACCUCUCGGAGGCGGCAACUCAGCUUCCGAAUUCCACCGGUGAGAGCAGUUCCUCUUCAACAUCGCUCGCGCCGCUUUCGUCUGAAUCGGAGAACCAGUCCCCCUUACCCUUUCAAGGCACAGUUGGCGAUUCGCAUUCGGCCACGAAGCAGCGCUGCCGCUGCGGCACCUCCACCACGCGCAAUUUGCAGGGUGGCGCGGAAGGGCCCGCAGUAAAUAAGGCUUUCGAGGAGGCAGUUACUCUUUCUCUUGCGGAUCGUGCUGGCGGCGCUGACCACUGUGACGAAGCAGUGGUGGUGGAUCAGGCAGACGAGCCCGCGAGCAAAGACGAUGGCAAGAAGAAUCAUGUCGCUGCAACGAGCAGGAAGCGCAAAUCCACCACGAGAGACCCUAAGGCUUCAUCUACUCUAGUGCGCGUGAAGAGCAAGGAUAAGGAUCAUGCAACUUCUACUUCUUCGAGUAAAAAGACACCAGCGGACCAAGUUGCCGCGGACACAACCAGCUCCACCGUUCUGUGCAAAAAGGUUACCUCACCGUCCGCUAAGAAGGGUCCUGGAGGCGUCCUGGCAAACGCGGCCACUGCUCCUGCUGCUAUUUCUACGAGCGUUGGCACUGUUCCAGGGCAGCGGCAGCGCGCGGACACCUGUUCGUGCGGAAGUCGUUUUCUCUUCCUGCCGCCGGCGAUGCGUCGACCGGGGAAGAAGAAUGGGCGUCGCGUACUGCCGCAGACCUUCCUCGCGGAUACUUGGGACCACUUAGUGAACCGGCUGCCAGAUCUCUACGAAGUCGCAAAGCUGUCCUCUCGUGUAGGCGAUUCCGAGAAUGGCGUCGUGCACGCACAAAAGCCGCACACCAAGAGCAAUAAUAUGCCAAGUAAUAUAUGUAGUGCAGACUCAACUUCUGUAGGAACACCAGGAAGAACCCCAACUUCUGAGGCAAACGGCGCUGUCAGAAACAAUGGCCCAGGUCCGGCGACUGGUAGUAAUUCUACCACGACAUGCAGUUGUUGCAAGAAAAAGGGACAGGAUGAUCUCCUUGGUGAGUACAAGAAAAUGAAGAGCAGCAAGGCAACACCAACCUCCUCCGCAGGAGGCGCAGGGAGUCCCGCUUUGUCGAGCCAGCAUGGCGUUCCCAGUGAAGAACCUUCUUUGGAUACUACAAAACAAACGUCGUCGGUGAAUGACGAAGCCCGGGAAUGGACCGAACAAGAAGGCACCAGCGGAAGCGAGAAGAUGAUAGCAGCUAGGGGGUCCUCUAGCGGCGAUGCGAAGAGUUCGAAGGCCCGUUCGGUGCGCAGCCACCAGCGCACCUUUGUGGAAACCAGUGAGCAAGAGAUUGGUGGCGCGCCCAGCAGCGCCGGGAUGA